AUACAAAUCCUUACCCGAUACUCCCAUAGAAUCUCUCUCUCUCUCUAAAAUGAUAGCACAGCAUCUUGUGGUCUGUAUACUGUCGUACUCUCGGUGGAUCAGCCUCAGCAUCAUCAAGCUUGUGGAGCCUUUGAAUAAGGAACAAAGCCCUCAAUCAGUGGGCUCCCUUGGUUCCUCUCGAAAUGCUUUAUACAGGGGCCUGCCCAACACCAAAACCACUUUUGUAGUACACAACUUCCUCAUGCCCCAACACCACACCCAUUAUAAUGGAACCAGUUCUAAGUCAUGACAAUAGCAGCGGCAGCCAUGGCAGCAAUAGCAACGAUGGACACGACAUCAUUGGGUGGUUUGAAGAUGUAACAGAGAAGGCAGGUUCUGUUCAGACCCAGAUCUUAUCACAGAUUCUGAAGCAGAACCAUGGGGUGGAAUAUCUCGACAAAUGGUUGGGUCGCUUCAAUAUCCUCGACAUGGAUGCUUGUGCAUUGGAAUCUCUUUUCACUUCUGUGGUUCCCCUCGCCUCUCAUGAAGAUUUUGAGCCUUUUAUCCAAAGGAUUGCAGAUGGGGACACGACUCCCUUGCUCACUCGACAACCCAUUACCACUCUUUCCUUGAGUUCCGGAACCACAGAGGGAAAGCAAAAGCUCGUACCUUUCACCCGGCACAGCGCCCAAACUACCCUUCAAGUCUUCACUUUAUCAGCAGCCUACAGAUCAAGGGUUUAUCCUAUAAGAGAAGGAGGUAGGAUUCUUGAAUUCAUAUACAGCAGCAAUCAGUUUCAAACCAAAGGAGGCUUAAGGGUAGGAACGGCCACAACACACUACUAUGCAAGCCAAGAGUUCAAGAUCAAACAGGAGAAAACGAAGUCAUUCACUUGCAGCCCUGACGAGGUGAUUUCAGGAGGAGACUACAGGCAAGCCACAUAUUGCCACCUCCUCCUCGGCCUCUACUUCUCCGAUCAAGUAGAGUUUAUCACUUCAGCCUUCGUCUUUAGCAUAGUGCAAGCUUUUCGCAGUUUCGAAGAACUUUGGAGGGAUAUCUGCAACGACAUUAAAGAAGGAAGUCUAAACUCGAGAAUCAAUGUACCCAAAAUGAGGAAGGCUGUUUUGAAUCUUAUUUCCCCAAACUCAUCCCUAGCUUUAAGAGUAGGAGCUGCCUGCUUGGAAUUGGAAGAGGUGAAUUGGUCUGGUCUGAUUCCCAAACUUUGGCCAAAUGUUAAGUAUGUAUAUUCCAUAAUGACGGGGUCGAUGCAACCAUACCUGAGAAAACUAAGACAUUAUGCAGAUGAGUUGCCAUUAGUAACGGCUGACUAUGGCUCUACAGAGAGCUGGAUAGGAGUUAAUGCGGAUCCUAGUUUGCCUCCAGAGAAUGUAACAUACGCUGUCGUGCCUACUUUCUCUUACUUCGAGUUCAUACCCCUUCAUAGACAGAAGCAAGGUUGCACUUCAUUUGCGGAUGAUUUCAUGGAGGAUUUGCCUAUUCCACUAUCCCAAGUUAAGGCUGGGCAAGAGUAUGAAAUAGUGCUCACAACUUUCACCGGGCUGUAUAGGUGCAGGCUAGGAGACGUGGUGGAAGUCGGGGGUUUUCACAGAGGGACUCCAAAGUUGAAUUUCAUAUGCAGAAGAAAGCUAAUCCUGACAAUAAACAUAGACAAGAACACAGAGAAGGACCUUCAGCGAGUGGUGGAAAGAGGCUCGGAACUGCUGAACAAGGAGGAAGCGGAGGUGGUGGACUUCACCAGCUACGCGGACGUGUCGAAACCACCCGGACACUAUGUGAUCUACUGGGAGAUCAAAGGGAAGGUGGAUGAUGAGUUGCUGCACAAGUGUUGUACACAAAUGGAUGUGUCCUUUGUCGACCAUGGCUAUGUGGUGUCCAGAAAGACCCACUCCAUCGGGCCCCUUGAGCUUCGCUUGGUCAAGCCAGGCACCUUCAAAAGGAUUCUCGACCACUUCGUCGCGAGCGGGGCUGCCCUCGGCCAGUUCAAGACCCCUCGGUGCACCUCCAACCCUGGCCUCCUCACCAUCCUCUCUGCCUCCACCAUUAGGACCUUUCGCAGCACCGCCUAUGCUUAGACGACUCUUGAAUCUCACCCUCAUCUUGAUGCUAGUUUGAUUUGGCCAUUUGCCCGUCCGAAACGAUCCGGCUGAUUAAUUGAAGCGCUCAAAGUUUUGAAAUUAA